AUGAGUGGAAACAGCGCUACAAAAAGGAAGAUUACGGAUCGGGUUGAUUGCGAUAUGGCGCGACGAGGUGUAUGGCUUGUUAAGGUUCCACGAUAUUUGUCGAGUAUGUGGGAGAAGCAUGCUGGACGUGAUGUGGGUACAUUGGUAAUCAAACCUGGAAGUGGUAAAACAGAUAUUAUUUUCAAGAGUAAUCGUGCUAUUUCACAAAUACCUGAGUCUUCAACAAACCCGUCAGAACCGUCUUCGUCGGGUGUAUCUCAACAGUCCGCAGCCAAUCAGUCUCGACCAUCAUCAUCGAUCGCUCCGUUAGGCAAGAAAACCUCCUCGGUGUCUGGGAUUCCUGAUGAAUAUUCAUUUCUCAUUUCCGAUGUGAAAAAUCAAUCUCUCAGUGUUCUAUCUGAAGAUAAGAGUGGACUGAAUGAGGAUAGUGACGUUUGUUCGGGUCGCUUAAGCCUCGAAGGUCGUGUCGUGAAACGCGCCGAUUGUCGUCCACCGCAAACGGCCAGUUAUCUGAGAAUGAAAAUUAAACACAUCGAGAGAAGUAGUAUACCGAAACGUCAGCUGAAACAGAUCGACAAAGCAGAAGUGAAAUUCAAACCAGUUGCAAUCCACGCUGAAACGUUGGCGCGUGAACGUCAGAAGAAGGAAGGUGCGAAGACCGUACGUGGUGAUAAGGAUGUGAUAAGACAAGCCAUAUUCCAAGCUUUCGAAAAGCAUCAAUAUUAUCGACUGAUCGAUCUGCAGAAGUUAACAAAUCAACCACCCGGAUUUGUGAAGGAGAUUUUAACCGAAAUCGCCGUAUACAAUACCUCACCACCACACAAAUCAAUGUGGGAACUGAAACCGGAAUACAGAAAUUAUGCUGAUGUGAAGAAAGUAAUUGACGACUAG